CCCGCCCAUUGGCUGAUUUUCAGAUGUAUGCGAAGGAGGCGAUGCAUUUACUCCUAGCUGCGGAUAUCAUGAAAUCUCGAGAGAGGAUAUAGCGAUUCAUUCUGAAAGUGCAUUGACCAAAGAUUUUGCUUCGUCGUGUUCCCUCAUCUUCAUUCUCUCACCAUGAUUCUAGAUCGUAUUAAGGCCUUUUCUCAAGAAGAAGCAAAUGAUGACGAUUUAUACGGAUAUGUGCCCACCAAAGGCGUCACACUCAUGUUUGUCAUUCUAUUCGAUAUUUCUACACAUGAUGACGCACACCUUCCAAGGCUUGUACCACCGCAUGUGUUGGAUAAUCCCGACCGUCCUCUUAGCUGGGUGCUUGGACAUCUUGGGAUGGAAAUAACAGCUACAAUUAUCGGACCUACGCCUCUUGGUGCCGCCAAAUUCAUCACCCUCGGUGCAAUUAUCCGUAUUCUUGGACCGGCCUACAGUAGACUGAGACCGAGGGCCUAUUAUAUCAACCAGAGUGAUAUUGGCGCAUAUAGGAAGGGAUCUGACCUAACUUCCAUCCUUCUUUGAGUUACCAGACCAUUGCAAGGCGCAUAGAACCCUCCUGCGUACUACCUAGUAAAGACGAACAAAUGUCACGAAGAGCUACUGCCAACGAUCGGGACCGACUUCUG